CACAAACACAUUCGACCUUGGGGCAUGGCCGUAUAUUGUCCAUAUUUCCGUUCCCGCGUAGACCGCACAAAUGUUCAUCAGGAAAGCACUACACGGUCUGCCCAAAUAAAACUCAUUUCCUUGAGUAACCUGUGGUAUAGGCGACUCACUCUCUCAACCCUCUGCCAUAGAUUGUCAACAUUAUUGUCUGUAGUAUUGCUAAUGCCAGCCACAAUGCGUCAGUGGUGUACGUUACCAAACAUGACACAACACUUAAAAGGUGAAGAAUGAUUUAUCGAAGCGAUUAACACAACUAUGACAUUUUUCUCGCAACAGCGUAAGUUUGGCGAACAAAAGUCACCCUAUCUCACGAUAUGUCGCUCUCAUCCCCCGGUGAAUGCGAUCACAGAAGUUUCCGGCAGAUGUCGCAAAUAUUUUUAAUUAAUUUGUUUAACGCUAGAUGAUGAUAGGAAGAUCUAGCCUCGGUUUUAUUCCUUUGAGGUCGUCGUGCAUGACAGAUUGCUUCACCUCUGACUGAGAAUUGGAACGCGCGUUACGGAAAGGAUUUAAAAGCCUGCUCGAACGCCCGCCGUGGUAUAGUGUCUUCCAACACGCUACUCCGUUAACAUCUGCACUAAAUCUUCUCGUCAAGUGCUUUGGUCACCUUUGCAUCUUCUCGCUUGUUGCAUACAAUCUGUACUGAUUUUUAGCGAGAUCAACUGAAACAUGAGGAUGUAUUUGUUGACAAUUAAAAUUCAGUCUGUUCUAGUCGCCAUUGUGCUUAUCCUUCAAGAAGUUCACUCAUUCCGUUGGCUGUAUGUGUAUAGACAUAUGUGUUUGUUUAAUAAAAACCAAGUAUUAAUAUUGAAUGACCUUCUGCAUUAUGCAGGGUCUAAAACAAUCCUUUAUCCUGUACUCGAUCUGACAAACAAGUGCCCACAAGUUCAUAACCUAAUGUCAAUUUGCUCUUAAAUUCUUAAGGGGUAUAAACAGUACACUGGUAGACGAGUCGGAUGAUGCAGAUUUGCGUCGGUACUUGUGUUCGUCUUCGCCAACAGCCAGUAAGAAUCGCCUGUUGAAUAAAGAACAGAAAAAGAUAUGCAGACAGAAUGUUAAGAUGAUGAAAUAUGUCGUCACUGCAGUGGAACUGGCAAGGACCGAAUGUUUGAGGCUCUCAGAAUUCGAAAGAUGGGACUGUACGGGAAUCCUUCAAGCGCCAAAAUUCCCAAAAGACCUCAGAGUUGGUAGGUUAAGCAACAUGACUAUUUAGAGUAUUUCAAUUGUGUAUUUUUCCGCGUUUAAACUGUUUGCGCGCUUUAUUUUACGUGAGAGGUGUCACAAUAGUGUCUCUAGCAGAUUUAUUGGAAUGAAUAACAGUUUUAGGGAUAUCCACUUAACCUAUGCUGUCAACUACCGGGCGGCUUAUUUACUUCCAUUUUAUAGAACGAUAUAUACAGUAUAUACAGUGUAUCAAGUCACGAAUAGACCAGUUAUACAGUUACUUUUACUAUACAUUUGAUGUUGUACUGUUACAAGAUAACUAUCAACAACAAAGUCAAAAUAGGCAACGCUUUCAGGAAUUUGUAGUACAACAUCAAUGUCCGGCCAUGCACUUGUGUCAAGCAGUUGACAUUCAUAAUACGGACACGUGCAAUGUGAUCUCGCAUAGAAACACAUUAAAGUGCUCAUUGUAACAAUAAUGUGGCAUUUUAUGUUCAUAUUUCCAUAAACUUGUAGUUUUUACACCCCACUGAAGACGAAAUAAGAACAGAAUUCGAUAAUUAAGACCUUGUGUUUAGCUAACUUGUCAACUCUCUACGAAGAAGAUAAUAAUAUAUAUGAAUCUUCUGUCAAGCGUUAUGUUUACGUUGGAGAUUACUUAGAUUUCUCUCAGUACACUAACUAAACUCUUUCAAACACAAACAUAAAUAGUGGAACGCACUCGGGAGAACAUAUAUAUCUCUAUGUGUGCGAAGAUGUGGGAGGAAUUAUACAAUAUUGGUUCCCUGCUGGAGUUCUCUAUGUCGGCAAACAUCUUACUGUCUUUGUAUAGUGUUAACCAGAAAGGUUAUCUGAACUUUCCAUUUACUUGCCUAUUGCUCUUAAUCGAGUUUCCUCGAUUGCUAUUCAAGUCGCGUUUUUUAGUCGUCUCAGUCACAGAUGAUUUUGUCACUUAGACACAUAUGUAAACGAUUGAUGAUUAGAGUUGACGUAAACGAGCACUAAGCCGUGUUUGGAAUUGGUUAUAAGCCCAGCGUCACAUUGGAAUUUAUAUCAAGGAUUAAAGCUUGAUUGAAUAAGUGAACAAACAAAGCAUGUGCAAUUGAAUGUAAAAAGAGCAUACAUUGUAUACUACAAAAACAAUGUUCAGCACUUUUCCUUGUCGCAAUAUUGUGCUUUAUAUUGUACCCAAUAGCUUGCCGGCGGUCGUGUACAUGCGAAAUUAUAAGAAAAGAUCGAAAUAUUUACGAGACUUAACCCUGCAUAAGUAUUAUUUUCUAGUAAUCUGGCAGUUUUUAAAUCCGUUUUCUCACUCCCUGCUCCCUAUAUACCAUCAGAUUAAGGGCUUAAUUAUGUUCCCAGUGUCGUUUUACUUUUCCGGCGCAUUUCUCUGUUAUCAGGCGUUCGGAUUUUACAACCGAGAGAUAGAAACAACAAAAAUAGACCACUGUUAAAAAUAACUCACAGAAAUUGCUACCAAUCUACCGAAUCUUAUCAUCGAAGUUGUUCCCUAUUUGACGUGCAGCGUGAUGAUACAAAUUGGGAUUAAGACGAUUUAGUUAACCCUAUCGAUUAUUUUAUUUCAUUCUGGGUGAAAUUUUGGAACCGACCAAAAUUGGCUGUCGAAGUAACCGAUGUUAAAUACUGAUGAGUCUUCCAAGACAGAUAGGUCGAAUUGAAAUUUUAAAAACGUUUAAUUUCCACAUCAUCGAUGCAAUAUAAAUGUCAAAAAGUUAAAACGCAACUCCAGAUUGACAUCUUUAAUUGUCAAAGUUAGAAUUCUCCCAUGCACUAGAAGGUAUUAAUAUCAAUUGGGUGAAACAAUUAAUAGAGGGUAAUAAUACAUGCACAUGCAUAUAAAGAUAUUAAUGAGUAGGCAGUUUGAUAGCUACCACAUUCCGAAAUGCCUAUAGCAAGAUUAUAAUGAAACCAGAUUUAAUUUUUACCUCGAUUUUUACAAUAUUGUCAAUAACGAACACUAUUCAUAUAUAUAUGGACUCAACAUUGUUGGGUCAACAAUACCAUCCAACAAUUUUAAAAAUAAAAUAGUGUUUUAUAGAUACUGUUUAUUCUACAGAUACUUUACAAUGCCAAUGCCAAUGGCCAACUAUGCAACUAUAAUGAUGCUAAAUAGGCUAAGCCGCGUAAUCGAACGUUGGCGAGAUAGCAUGCAUGCUUUUGAAUUUAAAUCACGCAUGUCAUGUCUUUGAAAAGGAUUAAAAUGUUCUCAACCUUAAUUUAAAUUAUCCUGCUGCAUGGACAGCGUUUUAUACGGCGGAUAAAUACGCGUACGAGUCAGUGAUGUAAAGUUAAACUAAGACAACUUGAGUUCAUGACUGGAUCAUCCCUGCCCCUGGAGAGUUUUUGAACAACGAGCAUCAGUUUUAUUUACAGAAGACCUCCUAGCUAUAUAUUUAUGUUACAUUUAUUAAACUGAGAGACAUGCAGAGUAUAUUCUUUUUAAUUUCCCAAACAAAUGCGGCUUUUGUCAUGGACCAAUAAUUGGACCCAUUCGUUGAGAGAUUUACCUAUAAAUAAAUCUAUAGAUAUGGUUGUAAACGUACUUGUUAAAGAAGCUUUUUUGCAUUCCCUGAACUUCACAUAUAGUUGAAACUUGAAAGAAUAAUAUCAACAUCAAUAACUGCAAUUUUGUUGUCAUCACGGAAUCUUAAGAAGUUAAGAACAAAUAACUAUACAACAUGCACUUAACAGUAUAUAAAUUAGUUAUGCAUAACUAACCAUACGCAAUCUAUAAGUAACGAUUUGCUCUUUUGAAACAAUAUCUGUCAUGAUCUACAUUCUUAUAAUUAAAAUGAAAUGUAUGGGCAUCAAAUUUCACUUAUCUAUACAUAACCAAAAUAUGUCAGAGUACAAGUACAGCCUGCGCCACAGACGCGCGCCUUUAAAUAUUUUAUAUUACAAGAUUAAUGUAAGUACAACCCGUAAUGCCUAUUGCGAAUUUUCCACUUAAAAUUAUAUGUAUUAAUCCAAAGAUAUUCUUACUAUGUAUAGUAUAGUAUGAGAACAUCCAGUAAAAUUUGGAUGACAGGUGCAUGUUUUUUCUGUUGAAACAUCCUAGAAAACAAAACCUAUACUAUAUACCUGUCACUGACCAAGUUUGGAACCCUAAAUUUCAGAUAUCAUGCAUGCAUGCAAAAGUAAAAUGAUUGGUUUUAUUAUACGCUCACAUGCCAUUGACCAAUCACGGGUUUCAAUAGCGUCACGUGCAUGCCCGAUAUUUUACGAUGUAGGACAGUUCAUAUUGCACAGUAGCUUAUCGUGCUAAUUUUCUUGGCUUAUUAAACUUUUUCAGAUAGUUUUGACAAUUUUAAACGCACAACAAACGAUAUCGCAAAGUAAUGAAAAGAAUUUGUGACAUUAUGACUGUUUUUUCUGCCAGUUUUGUUUAAAAUUAAAAAAGCGCGGGAAAAUAUGAAAUUAAUUUUUGUUUACAAACAGUCGUGAGGUUUGUAACAUAUUAUUUUUUCCUUAAAUUAAAUACACAUGGAAUUGAGUUUUUUAUGCAAACUUGUUUUUAAAAACAAAGUUUAUUGUUAUGCAUGUAAGCAAAUUCGCCGCCGAUGUGUGAUACGGUUAUCGCUGUAUCAGUAGGCCCAUUAUCACUGAUAUGGACAACUUUUUGUUUAUAGAAUUGCUUUGUUCGAUAUAAUAAAACACUUAUUGGAUUCGAUCAAUUCAUCUUCGCCCAAUCACGGCCAAAUAUUAAGUCUGGACUUCAAUAUUUUGCCAUAUUGGACUCAGAAGAAUCCAAUAAGGGGGCCAAUAUUACAAUAAGAUAUAAAAUACCUAACUGUAUAAGUUAUGUAACAGCUAGCUCAAGACACUUCAUCAAUUAGUCAAUAUAUUCUGAUUCUUUUAUCAACUAAUAUAGAUAAAGGUUAAAAAACUAAGGCUAUUCCGAGAGUGCACAUGUAUGAUCGGGCAUAUGGAAUCAGGUAGAGAAAACGACCAUUAGAGUCAAACCGUAAUAAUAUAAACUAUUUAUUGCCAUAAACCCAUAUUCUCUCAUUGACAAUCAGUCAAAUCUGAAAUUCAGUCUGUUCGAUUUCAUUUUCUACAUGGGAAAGAGUGAAUUUUACUUUUUCAUUAUAUACAGCUCCCGCGUUCAUGCACUUGAUUCGAUCUGUUAAAUAAUGGAAAAUAUUUUACUAGGCUACAAGGAUGGACAAUUUAAUUUUAGUGCGGUAAAAACAUAAUUAUACUAAACUAAUUACACUAUUUUGUCUAUUAUCACUAUUAAUACUUGGUGUAAGCUUUUUGAUAUCUUAUGCUAUCACAUUUUUCGGGCGCCCUAAUCUCCUUCAAGUUCAGAAAAUACCCUAAUAUUUCCUCGAAUAUUUCCAUAUUUCGUUUUUGUAGGAACAAGGGAAGCAGCGUUUUUACGCGCUCUGUCCUCAGCAGCACUCGUAUUCGCAGUGACUCAGCGUUGUGCAACAGAUGGGGUAUGCGAUUGUGGAAAACAACCAAGACGCUCCUUGCUCAAGCGUCAUAAACGAAAAAAUCCUGGAUGGAAAUAUGCAUAUGGAGGUUGUCAUGAUAACAUUGCAGUAGGGACAAAAUUCAGCAUAGACUUUCUGGAUGGUCAUGAAAUUCGACAAACGAAACACAAUGAUAGGAAGCUCACUAAACUUCAUAACAAUGACCUAGGGCGAAAGGUAGGCCACUGAGGAAUUUUAUUUAUUAACUAAUUAAUUAGUAUAGUUUGCAGUAACGUACGUGGACCCUCCGUCCAUUUAAUUAACAAUACGAGUUAUGAGACAAGAUUCCGCAAUCUUUUAGAUCCAUAGAGACGACUGAAAAUUCUUUAAGCCGGUUUCUUAAAAGAUUUGCUCGGAUUUUUGCGUGUACAGUAAACAAAUUACCCUCGUUACUUUACCCUAUAACUGACAGGUUUUACUUGUUCGCUUGCCUUAUUUUGUCUUCUUGUAAACGUGCAAAAUGUUCCAAUGCUGACCUCCCAUGAAACGAAUUCUUGUCGUAUCCUAUCUGCACACACGGACUGCAUUUUCCUGUUUAAUUAACUGCUAUCGGCAUGCCUUUUAGCCAUGCACAUUAAGCUUUAUCAAGUGUCGAUCGUGUGUGCGAUUUAUACAACGGAACAGUCCAACAAUUCAUUAUCAAAACCUUUCAAGUUUUCUGCAAAAUGCGUGAUUUCAAUAAAAAGUUCAAUAUAAAGUUGAUCAAUAAAAAGUUCAAUAAAACGUUGUUCGACUGUAAACGGGAUUAAAUCAAUGCAAAUAUACCAAACGGUUUUAGUAUAUUUAUUAAAUCAAAGAAUUUUUUGCUGAGGGAACGCAAAGACUCGCCAUUUCUAAGAUUCAGCAUUUCUAUGAUAAUAUGUGUAUAUAAUAUUAUAGAAUAGAUUUUUUCUUCCAUCCGUGUGCAUUUUUACAAAAUCCAAAAAUUAUAACCGUUUCUAUAUUUAUAUAAUAAUUACACUGGCCGCAGCCAGUGUCAUAGAAUGGCCAUGGUUCUUUUUCGUGUUUUUUUUUGUUGUCCGCAAGUGUGACUUUCCAUUGCGGCAUCGUGGGCUCACGAUUUCGCUAAAACGUGUUCAGGUGAUUACGACAAGUCCUACACAAUGUUGACUAUUUAACUACGUUACAAGUCUUUGACGCUGUGAUUGUGGGACGUAUUUUAUUAUAUUUCAUUGCGCAUGCGCUUGAACUUUUUCUGUGUUUUUCGGAUAAGAUAUCCCUGAACUCUAUUGGUUUUGUAUGGAUUUUUAUUGUGCCUUACUCUGGAUGUUUGUGAUCAUGACGUGACGGCCGUCAAGAAGUGACGAACAUCUAUAUAUUUAAAAUUAUUUUUUAGAAUAUUGCGGUGGUAUUUUACCACAGAUGUAUUUUACCAACUGCGAAGGGUAGUGUGAACGCCUGAGCAGACGUCUUGUUAAUUAUAAUUUGUCCGCUGUUGCUAGAGAAGUAUCCGUGCAUGCACUGAAGUGGUCGGCUCCUUUCCAAAUAGUUUGUUUUAUUGAAUCAGAGUUAUAAAUACCAUUAUGAAGAUCAAGUGUUUUCUUGGCAGUUGACCGAGUACCGCGGAGUGAUUGUUGAGCUUAAUUUCAGGAUUCGUCCACGAAACUUUUAAAUAACAGAACAAACACUGCUGAGCUUGGAGACGCCAAGGCUUGGAACGCAUGCAUUCAUGACAUUCUCACUCAUACAGACCUCGCGCAAUCAAUAACUCAUAAUCCGAUUAGGUUUCCAACAGCGAAAAGAGAAAAGGCCAUGGUCAUUGGGUCGACUAAAAAGCAAACACUAAAUAAAAAUGAGGAAAGUACUCCACUUUCCUUGGUUAUCAACUUAUCGGCAUCGAACGUAAACAGGAUUAGAUAGUUAGAAUGAUCAUGUCAACAAAGCGGAAAAUUACUUGUAACUUUAAUAGAAAGUACUAUACAGUCUACACGUAAAUAUUUUCAGUACGUCCAUGCCACUUGUGGUUAUAAUUGUGAAACUGUUAUAGCAAUUAAACUUCUGGAACAAUACACUUUGUAAAUCUGUAUCUAUAUCAUGUUAAUUUAAUUUGCGAUUAGCAUGAUGUAUUACAUUCACUGAGUGUAUAUCGGUGCAGAUACUCUAUAGGACAUGUGCACAACCAUGAGUCAAGUUUGUUUUAUAUCAUCAAAUCCAGUGUAGCUAUAUAUGUAUGCAUAAUAAUUAAUAUGUAUAACAGGUACAACAUUACACAACCAUAUAAGUCCUAUUUUCAUUCUUAGUAAAAUUAUCACUGAUGAAAAUGGAAUAGCAAAAUCUAUCUUUUAAUUGGAACUAAGAUAGUUUAUUUAAUCGAAGAAUAAACAUUUAAAAUGUGCCGAAAGGAAUAUCAUGCAUAUAUACUUGCUGCUAUAGCUCAGUUUUGAUGUGUCUUUAUGACUUUAUAUACGUUUAAAGCAUUGUACUCUGCUUGCGUUGAAACACAGUUUGUAGGGUUGAAAGAAACAUUAAAACAUAAUAAUAGUAAUACAGAAAUCAGCGGAGCAUGAAAUGCUAUAAUUGCUUUUCAGACGAACGCAAUUGCGUUGUUAUGAUUUAACUUGUGAUUAUACUCGUAUGUUCCUGUAUAUAGAUGGUGCGCCACAGACUAGGCAAUGCGGCACAUAAUUUCCGGCUAUUCUAUUGACCAAUCUACACUUUAUUAAAUAAAGUACAAUAAAGUAAAUUUCGACUAAGUUUGGACUGGACUUAUAGGACUGGACUUAUAGGACUGGACCUCGGAGUUCUAUUUCUUUAUUUCCACCUUUUCUCCAUUCCAUGCAGUCAAGGUAGACCCAAUAAUAUCGAUUUACUAACCUUCAUUUUCACGUGGAAGAAAGACAUUAUGUCAGUCGAACCUGUGAUCGAACGACCUGUCUGCAUAGUUCCUAGACGUGCAAACUCAUUUUGGCUUUAGUAGAAGAAUUUCUAUUAUUUAUACCGUGGAUUUUACUAAUUUUUCGUGUUCUUCUCCCAUGAUAUGAGUUUUCUGUUAAUUUUGAAUCAUUUUGCUGAAAUACUCAUCUCAUUUAAUCCAGUCAGAAUGUGCAGUCCUAUACUUUUGAAUCUGCCUUCUGUGCGUUGUUCAUCGGUUAAUUCGACCAAAAGGACUAUACAAAAUCUAUAGAAUCUGCUGUAAAUAAUUAUCAAUUAUUGGACAAGGUUGAGCAAAAUAUCGUGACUUGUCGGUGGCGAGCAGAUCACUUAUUUGCUGAUGCCGAAGGCAGAGGCAAAUAAUUGAUUUGCGAGAUUUAUCAUUCUCUUAUAAAGCUUUGUUCGAAUAAAGUUCGCCGUCUCUCUUUCUUGCUUCUGCAUGCAUCAGUAAAACUUGCGAAGGACGUUGGCAAGAGUUUCUUUUCAGCCAACUAGAUCGUCUUUGUUAAUUUGUUUUGCUUCUAUAUACUGGCGAAAGACAUUGGCGGUUUUAGUCGCUUUUUUGUUUUUUCCGCGUUUUUUUCUUCAGGUAAGCAAGACAAGUCACCUUCCGAAAGUUCAGAGCCGCCAUUGUUUACAAAAAUUGAAGGCAAUGCUCAUGCCGCUCAGAGUACUAUUUGUAGCUGAGCAACGUUUUUAACAAAUGCGCAUGUUCAGAUUAUUAUUUGCACGAAGUUAUUUGCAUGUUAAUUAUUACCAACCAAAAUUAAGAAUACUAUAUUCUAUAUAAAGUGAAUGAUAAUGCAAAUUUAUCUACUAAACGCCAAAGCCAGGAGUUGCACGUCUGGGCUGUGCUCGAGUGUUUUCCUUUCUUCUAUCACCUAUAUGUAUUUAUGCAAAGGUAUUAUAAAUAAAUCUACUUUUUGCUUGAAGUCUGUUUGGUAUAUAUGUUUUCAGGCAUCUACGUCAGUUUAUACCUCCAUUAGUUUAUCGCAGGCGAUCAGGGGCACGAUCGCGAUACAUUUUUAGUUACAUCGCCAUUUUGAAUACGUAAUCAUUUGGAGACGAAGAAACAUAUUCAUUUCAGGUUAGUGGAAAAAAUAGUAACCCGAAGUCCAGUCGAAAUGCAGUCCAGUCCUAUGGCAUUUACUAAGAAGUUGAAAUAACCGCCAUUUGUGAAAGGUAACAGUUCAAGUAUUCGAACUGCAUAUUAUUAAAAUAACAAACCACUCAGACGUUGUUAAUGGCGGACAAUAUGCGGUCAGAAAAACAAACAAAUAUAAGUGUUAUUUUAAUUUGAACCAUGUAUUACGUCAACGAGGGAUGAACUAAAAUCGUGAUUGCCUGAAACCUUGUUGCCUCUAAUAAUUAGAUUUCCUAGGUGGAUAAUCAAACCCAUGUGCUAGCUGCACCCCGUUUCGAAAUAGUUUAUAUAAAGUCUGCUUACAAUCAACCGUAUUAUGUGCACGCAAAUAUGCAAUCAUUGGGCCACUCGAAUUCAAUGAAUAUACAACUAAAUAACAAAAAAGGAACUCACAUUACCACCGAUAUAAUUUGUGCGUUUCACACUCGAAAGUUUUACAUAACUAUAUAAGUAGUAACCUUUAUACUCAAUUAUGUAUAGGCUAUAGCUUUUCGCGGUUUGCUGUGUCUAUACACAUGCAGGUAGUUAAGAUUUGGUUAGGGGCUCUAAAAUUGUGUUGUAUACUUGUAUAACACCACAUUUACAAAGAUAUGCAAAAUGGCUUUCGCUAGAUACCUUAGGUGAUACCUUAGCUUCACAAUGUCAUGAACAUCAGUGGUGCAUCCUUAGGACAGCAAUGUAUAGACGCUAUAUAAGUAUCAUCAUUAUUAUUAUAAUAAUCUUUUUUUAUCAAUAUCUCGAUCAGUACCGAUUUUUCUAUAUCAAAUAUUUAUUUUCACCCUUCUCACAGCGCAUCCUUGCUCGUUAAGCGCCAUUUUAUAUUACUGGAAACUAAAAAUGAAAUAUUUCCAAGAUUGGCGACCUAGCUACUUUUUGGGAAACACAUGUUACAGUAAUGUUAUCUCUUGGUAAGCCUAGGCUAUAGAAACAAUACCAAACGCAAGAAUUGGAUACUCCUGGGACAGUGUCGAUAAUGACCUCUAUUUCGAAUGUGUAUUUUAAUACAUACUUUAUAGAAUUUACCCAGCGGUCAGCAAGGUUUGAAGUUUCUGUUUUUUUUCUCUAAUUGGAGAUUGGGGCAGAGUUCAAUUUGUCCAAUUUUGAUUUUAUUACAAAGUGAACCGGUCGUUCUGCACUAGUUACAUGUAACGUUUUUGGCUCGUUUUGGUAUGUGCACUAAUACUAUACUCCCUGUGGACUACUAUAAUAGUACAGGUAUUUUAUUUAUCAUUAAAUUCGAAAAGUUCCUUAGAAGGUGCGAGAUCAUGUGUCGAGUCAUUCCUCCAUAAUUGAGCUGAGCUGUUAAUUAUUAUCGUCUCAGCUGCGUGCGGCCCAGACAAACGUCUUCGAAUAUUCGAUUAUGAUGCAAAGGAAAAUUGUCGGUCGCCUUUGCUUUAUGAAUGCCGAAGACGUUUGUCGGAUGUGCUGACAAAAGGUGACUUAAGGAAUAAAUUGAAUCUAAUAACUGAAUUAGAAAAUGUUUUGUCUGUUGGAAAAUACUCUUUAUAAGUGUCUGAUAUUUACCGAUAUCAUUCAUAGUUUCCAAGAUGCUACAUAAUUUCAAAAGUGUACAUGCAGAUCUUAAUGUAUAGAAAUAAAAUAAUUACUCAUUAUGUUAGUAGACUAUUGCAUCCAAAAAUUUUGUGCUAUUUAAUGAAUUUGAAAGGGCAUUUUAAUUUCUUUCCAAUAUGCUUGUGGUGAAUUCCAAACGUGUCCGCAUGCAACCACUGUUUUAUAUUCUUUUAUCUGCUAUGCUCUUUGACUUUGGCGCUUUUUAUAUUAUAUAUUGUUAAUUAAAGCGAUUCAGAUAGUGCUGUAUAAACUCCGGGUUUUUCACCUCCGGCUCCGGCCAAAAAACUUCGGUUCCGGGAAAAAAACUCCGACUCGGGCAGAACAUUUCCAGCUCCGGCAAAUUCGUGAAAAUUCGAAAUUUAAUGGAAAUUUCACAUUUCAAAGUGGAAGCACUAUCUUUGUUCUUGAUUUUAACACUUCACAUAAACACUUCGUACCAUGUUUGUGGCAAGCUGGAUUAUCAAUGCGAGUAUUUUCUUUUUCGCCGAUGUUCGACAGUAGUUUGCAGCACAAAUAAGUGCUGCCUGAGUUUUGCUGGAGUUUUGCCCGAGUCUCCAUCACCAUCAUCAUCCCGUUACACCUCAUCUCUGCCACUUCCAAUUUCUUCAUAUGCUCUUCCUUUAUUGCCCAGGUCUCUGCAAAAUAGGCCAAAAAAUCCGGCUCCGGCCCACAGCACUAGUUUCAGAUUUUCAUUAUACGUAGUUGUAGCAUUUGCAAGUGUGGACAAGAGUGGCUGGGCCGAUUGCGAGUAUUUAUCAGUAUAGUUUUCUCCCGUAAUACCAUGAUUGCCUCGAUUUUCAUUGUUCUGAAAGGGAAUGUAAAUCCCAUAUUUACCUCAUUACUCAUGCAUACGCUUUUGUGACGUUUGUCUUCUAAAUUUCCCCGGGAGGGAAUUUAGUGGAAAACAAAAUAUUUAUUUGUUUUCUAAUUCGCCCCUGCAUGCCGUGAUGAGGGAAAAUUAGAAGACAAAGAAAUCUUUUGUCUUUUACUAAAUUUCCCUCUAGUAACCAAUCGUACCUCAUAAAUUUCGAAUGAGGUGUGAUUAGAACUAUUCGUACCACAUUACCUUUCCGCAUAGAAGAAGCGCACUAUAUAAAUAAUGUUUUAUUAAAACUAUAAUAUUUUCUUUGAGCAAAGUUUUGUUUCACUACUUUCAAACUUUUGCCCAUAUGGCCAUGCAUACUGUAAGCAUUUGCGUCAAUGCUCGAUGGUGAUGAUGAGCGAAAAAACCUUGCGUAACACUGGUAUACGCGUGUCAUGUUUGAACUAUAGUUUGAAAGAUUUCAGUAGUUUAAUUCCCCGCGCGCCGAUAUUUGUGUAUUUUUAUGCAUGCAGGCUGCAGCUAUGCGGAUUAUCUCUUGCAAUAUUUCCAAAGAGGACUACAUUGGUCUAUAUUAUAUUAAAUUAGUGCUUAAACUUUAAAUUAAAGUAUCAUUAUAUACCUCUCCCUGCAGGAGUUUGUUUUUCCUGCAGGAGUUUAAUUUUGUUUUGUUGUUUGCCUGUCCACACAAAUAUAAUUUGGUAAUAGUUUACUCAUUAACCAAAAUAUUCCGAUUUUCGGUUUAUGCGUGAACAAAGCCAUUAAAUGUAGAUUAUAAUAUGAUUAUACAGGUCGUUUUAAGGCGGAGUGAGUGCAGUGUAGUUGUUAAUUCCACGGUGUUUCGUAGGGCACUACUCCAUUGUUUGCUAUUCCGGCUCAGAAGGGUUAUGUCACGGUUCGUACACUGAAAGCGAAUUCUCUUAAAACAUGUUACCGUGAACUCUCUUCAUCGAUUUUAUCAAGAGCAGAAAAGAUCGCCAAUUUCAUGGAACUGUGCAGCAAAAUAAAUUAUUUCACGAAGAAAGUCUUAUGGAAGACAUCGUCGUUCAAGAUGAGGGAAAGAUUUAUAUAUAGAUAUUCAACGGCGACCCAGUAUCGAUAUGAAAUGAUCCCAACUUCACCACGAACUGAAUUUGGAAUUUCAUACACGUAAAACAAAAAUAUAUCUCAAGUUAUCUAUAACAGUUACUUCAUUCGCAUAUUUUUUGCCUUCAGUGUAAGUAUAUUCUUCAAAUCUUUUCUAGUUCUUGAUUUGAAAUUUAUGGUAGCUACGUGACAUAGCCCUUCUUAGUCAAAAUUGAAGAGUGUAUUGUGAUCUAUUGAUCUUUUCUAUUAACAGAUUGUCGAGAGAAGUUUAAACAUCACAUGCCGCUGUCCAAAUUUCGAGCAAUGUGCGACAAAAGAGUGCACACGUAUGUUGAUUGUUCCGUUCAGCAAAAUCGCCGAAGAUCUCUUCGGUCGUUACCAGCAAGCGAAACUAGUAACCGGUGAAAAAUCUAAAUCUGCAAAGUUUGGAAUGGUUCUCAAAAUCAAGAACGAUGUUCGAAGUUAUAAAAAGCUACGGAAAGUUGAAGCUCGUAGUAUGGUCUAUCUGUCCAGAUCUCGAGAUUUCUGUCUUGCAGACGUUCAUAAUCCUUACAAGUAUCCUGGUACAAAAGGUCGCGAAUGUGCUAUGAGACUGAGAUCUAAUAUAAGAAAUCUUGCCGAAUACAACCCAACAUUGUCACUUAAUUUCAACGUUUGUGCAAACUUAUGUUGUGGACGAGGGUCCUUAACAAAAAAAGUAGAAAAACAAGUGACUUGUACAUGUAGAUUUUCCAAAACUAAGAUGGAUGUAGUUUGCAAGGAGUGUCCCGUGGAUGCAGUAUAUCAUAUAUGCAAUUAACUUAAGUAAUACAGGUUCAUUGUGAAAUAAGUCUCUUUAUUAUACUAUAUAUAUUUUCUAAUCGAAAUGUUGACUCAUUGUCGCCACUACUCUGCAUUUUAGUGAAUCUAACGAACAUUAUCAUGGCUCCGGUAACUAUAUAUAUUAGAGACUCUUGGAUUUAAGAAGAAAAAAGGUCAAUUGGCAACUAUAUUUUUGAUACUAUAAAAACAUUUCAGUUUAAAUUAGAUACAGAUACAGAUAUUGCACAGCACACUUCCUAUCAGGGUUUUUCAGUGACUGGUUACAUUAGAACCACAACUGGCGUGAAGCAGACCGAGGUAGAUAAAUUUUCGUGCAGGUUAACCUAUAGAAAUAACCCUGUUUGGGUUAAUAUUCGUGGUUAAAUUUCCUGGUUGUUUUAACAUUUUUCCUAUUAUUUUGUUACUUUUCACCGAAUCUAUAUAUUUUCUUUAAAAAAUAUACAUAAUAUCAAUAUAGAUCGCUAUAUUAUUUCAAUGUUUGACGACGACACCACACGCUUGAGCCUUGAUAAUUAGCCGUUGAAAGACUUCACUUAUCUAGCUUAAAAUUGACGAUUGAGAAAAAUAUUACUUAUUUUAAGGAUGCUGAAUCGUAGAUCUAGCAUGAGAAUGAUGAGAUAUAUCCUGUAAUGAAUGUCCAAAAGCUUUUAUGUCAAUAUUAUAUACAAUAUAAUAUAUACAAAUAUAUAAUAGUAAUAUAUAAGUAAUAGGUAUAGAUAAUCUAGAUAUGUAUAUACUCAACAUUUUAAUAUAUGAUAUACUUUAUGACCAAAAAUAUAUUCAAAUAAAUUAUCUACUACUUUUUACUGAUCGUGUUAUAAAUUGAGGUUUUGUAUUCAAAUAAAUUAUCUAUUUUUUUUUUACUGAUCGUGUUACAAAUUGAGGUUUACAAAUUGGUAAUGAAUGCCGUAAAUCCUGCGAAAAGCCAGUUUUCCACUUCAAGCGUACACGGUACCGAAGCGUAUCAAAAACAUUUUUAAAUUUCAAAAUUUAGUGAGUGCUGAUUGGUUAAUACUUCCGUAGUACGCCAAAAGGUUGGAAAAAAACCAUUUCAUUUUCUACUUUUAUUAGACAAAAUUAAUGACUCGGCUAAAUUAAUGAUUAAAUUAAUUAUCGACAAAAUUAAUGAUUCGCAAAAUGUGUGAGAAUGUUCUUUAUAAAACUAUUAAAACUAAACUUAUAAACCUUUAUCGAUAAACUUUGAGUUUGAAAUAAAAUGAUUUCAAAUUCUUGCAAUGCAAAUAACUUUGGUCAUAAAAAAUGGUAAUCAAUAAAGAUACACUGAAAUUAUAUGCUGUCUUUCUGAUUAUACGCAACGAUCACCUUUUGGAGCAAUUAUAUAAAACAAGCAAUACAUCAAUAUUUAAAACAAACUUACCUUCAUUAAGGUUACAGAACACCUUUGAGUGUUAAUUUUGCCUAAAAUUUUUUUAUUGGUUUCCAUGAAAGCAUUAGACUAGUUCUACUAUCUCACCAAGUUUGGACGAAAAAUGUUGAAAACUCGCAGAGUUAUUUAAUAAAAUAGAUUUCGCUUGCAAUAAGGCCCCGUUUACAUGAGACCGGGACGAAGUCAAACCGGAAUGGAAAUUGAAAUUGUCAACAUGUUUACAUGAGACCGGUACGAGGAUCACAAAAUCUUCAAUUUAUUCCCCUUGCCAUGCAAUUUUCUUUUUCAGGUGGCUUUUGCUAUAGCAUGUGUUGUUCCAAUGUCAAGAUUACAGCCGAGACCGGUCUGAAAUGUAUUUGUGUUUACAUUCAUCCCGGUCUGAAUUCAUGCCGGUCUGAAGUCAGUCGGUUCGGUCCAGAAGACUUGAGACCGGUCUGAGUUAUUUUCGUCCCGGUCUCAUGUAAACAUAUAUUAUAGAUAACACUAUGACCGAAACGAGAUGGUCCCGGUUUGACUUCGUUCCAGUCCCAUGUAAACGGGGCCUAAGAAAAACAUUGAAAAUGUAAUAUUCAAAUUCAAUUUUCUCGCGAAGAAUUUUACGGCAAUUAGUGAUUUUUAAACGAGUUGUGCUCCUGCGGGUUUUAACGAAUUGUUUUCAAAUUUUCACAGGACAUAGCUAAAGACGUCAGUUUCAAAACUGUUUUCGGCUUUGUUCUAAUUUUGGAUAUUUUAAUAAUAAGCUAGGAGCAAUUCACACAAACGAUUCAGAAAUAUAUUGCAGUCGUCAAAGAAAUCGCCAUAUCAGCGGAAUGACGAAAUAAACAAAAAUUUCCGAACAUAAUUUUUUAAAACAACUAUUUUACUGUAUAAAAAUGAUAUUUUCAUAAAUAUAUCUUAAAACCAGCAGGAACUCAAAAGCGUAAAGGUACCGCGACUUAAUAUUUUCCUGAAUAAUUCUUACAUUAUUUUAUUGUUUGUCAAUUUUACAACUUUAUCAUAUUUUGCAUGCACUGGCUAACAUUUGGUGAAAACUUGAUGAAAAUCGGACUGAUUUUGAGCGCGCAGUAGCGAUUUUCCACAAAACGCCAAAAAGGGUGUCCUGUAACCUUAACGUGGGCGUCUUUUCUGAGUUUGUUUCCUUCUUGACUUUAUAGUGAACAAUUCUUUCGCCUCUUUUCUCAAAAAGCUUUUCACAUUUACAAAAUCUUGCAAAAAUUAAAUAUAUUUGCAAGAAAUCAAGAAACAGUGUGACCAGAUUUUUUUCAACAGUCAUUACCAACAUUUUGUUCAAAUUUUACUAAAUUAAAAAAAAUGUGAACAAAUGUCGGCUCCCCAAAUAAUUACGUCACAAUAAUGCCAAAAAACAAUAGUUGCGUCAUCAAAGUAGAAAAAAUAUGCACAAAAAGGUAUCUCGAAAUACUUGUUGCUUUCAUCGUAUUGCAGUUUUUGCUAAUGAUAAUUAAGGCUUUAUUUCUUAGGCUUGGCAGUUCUGUUCAUCACUUUGAGCACGUUAUUAAACAAGAAACACAUAUUUUUACCAAAAUGAUUAUUAAUACUUAAAACCUUUCAGCCAUUUUACCAAAAUGUUAAUACAAAAAAAAACGUAUUACCAAUAAGUAGCAGGAGUGAUUUAGAUGUCUGCCUAUAGCGUUGGAGAGCAUACAUUGAUGGCCUAUGCCAGGGGCCGAAGGGCCUACAUAUCGAAAUAUAUAACUCAGCGUAUAAGAUGGCUAGCUGUCAAUGUUCAAAUGUUGUAGUACUCGAGUCCCGGUCUUGGACUCGAGUCCGGACUUGAGGGCAUGACUCGGACUUGGACACAUCGGACUUGGACUCGAUAUCAAAGAAUUCGGACUUGACACCUCCGGACUCCUGGGAAUUUAGGUCAAGUCCUGUACGAGUACACCACUUAAAUUUCCCCGUUGAUACAGGGUGUAUAUUCUCAUUGCGUCGAACAAAUUAUGGCCUCUAUUGCCACCCCGCGUUACUACAGCCCAAAUUGCUGAAAAGAUCUUUUUCGCGACAGGAAUAUCACUAUAGUCUGAUCUGUUUGCACUUUGCAGUGGCGUAGCCAGACCUUUAUUUUUUGGGGAGGAAGCAAACGCCGAAGGCGUGAGAGUGCCUAGGGGGAUACGGGGGCAUACGCCACCGGGAAAAUUUUGAAAUCUAGAGUCCCUGAAAUGCGAUUUCAAGGGACUUGGACUCGUACUCGGAUUUGAAUCAAUGUCUAGGACUCGGACUUGGACUCGUAAGUUGUGGACUUGACUACAACACUGCUAGCUGUCGAAGCAUGAAUUGAGUUAAAAAGGACAACGAAUGAGCAACGUCUGAUGGGGCCCAGGCCCAAUGACGGAUAGCUCAAUAUUAAUAUUUUCCCCAAAAUUGUUCGGGGGGGGGGGGAGAGAGGUCUCCAAUUUUAUCCUGAAUUACAAAUUUUUUUCUGGACAUAUCGUAAUUUUUCCAGACACAGACGCAUUGAAAAACGCUACUAAUUUUGUUGCCAAGGUAACAAUGUCGUUCCCAGGCCCCUUGCGCCAAUUUUAUAAAACAGCUUUAUUCAUGGUACUGAUAAGGAUAAAAUCAAAUCAGAAGUAUGCGUACCAUACCUAAGCAUGCCAAAAGUUUACUUGCAUGAUAAUAAUUCGAAAAUGACAUACACAUAGAUAAAUGCAACUAGUUAUUCAAAAUCAGUGUAAAGGGCCUGGGAACGACUGUGUUGCCUUGACAACAAAAUUAGAAGUAUGUUCCCAUGCGUCUCAUCAUGUACUAUCUGUAUGCAAAAUUUCAUUUGAUUUGAGAUAAUAAUAACUUAGCUAUGCUUUAGUUUACUAUUCAAUAAACAUACUUACCCAACUAAUGACGUCACACGUUGUGCUGAAUCAGCAAUUUAUAUUUUACACAUUUGUGCAUAUAACUUCGGAACCAGAUGAGAUAGAAUAGAGCAGUUUCAUGCUCUUUCAGAUAAAUCAAUAAAAAAAUUUAUUGCCAAUGUCCUUUAAGUAAUUCACUGUGGUGUUGAUCAAUAAGCAUAAAUUUCAAGCUCGAAUGAUCCACCUCAUGUACAUAUAUCAAUAAAAUGAUUGGUUAUACUGCAUGUCCGGCGCUCAUGCUUAAUGUGUGAUUUGUCGUUACAGUAGCUAGUCUGGACUUAAAAUUGGCAGUGGAGCCAACACCUUGCAAACCACAGCGUACACACUCAGCAAGUUACACUACAUUACUAGAAGUGUACGUCAAAGAUUUUAAAAUAAGAAAUAUCCUUCCAGUGGCAGCUGCACGAAAAGAAUUGCCGAAAGUCAAAAAGUUCUUACAACUGUCACAGCGCUUGGCAUCACAUUUGUAACAGCCUUGACUUUCCAGUUUAUUAGGCUUAUAAGGUUUGGAUGGUGCUAAUAACUCCUUCAAAUUAGCAUUACGCUUAUUGGCAAAGUAAAGCAACAGUAGGGAUGCAUUUGCAAGCUUUAUAAUGGGUUAAGAUCAAAACACUGAAAAUAUUACAUUCAAUGCUUUACAAAUUCUUCUGUAAUUCUAAUCCUUAUUAGUGUAUUAAAAUGCUAACAUAUCUUUGAAGGCAUUCGAAUGUUUAAUAUAUUCAUAUCGUUGCGUUUAUAUAUUAUAUACCCUUGACAAAGGUCUAGUUGAGUGCCAAAUUAUAUGCCAAAGGCAAUUAUUGCUAUUAAAUUGUUAUUACAGGUAAACUACGUGAAGCGUUCCUCUUUUGAACAGGAAGUUAGGAAAUUAAAACAGGAAGUUAGGAAAAUUUAAAAUGAAGUUUGGAAUAUUGCAACAGCCGAUAGGAACGUUGCAAAUUCCCUCAAGGGAUUUGCAAAGAGUUUUUCAAAUUUGCAAAGCUAAUGAGGAAAAUUCCAAAUGAGUUACGAAGUCAAAAGAGGAACGCUUCACGUAGUUUACCUGUAAUAGUGUGUAAUUUAGUACAGAAUUUGCUAUAAUGGAUUCGAAUUGAUAUUUUAUUCUUUCUUUCCUUAUCAGAAACCAACAUUUCGUAGGUUUUUUAUUCAAAUUGACGCGGCAAAUUCAAACAUUCAACGGAAUUUUAGGCAAAUGACUCAAGACUCUCAAGUAAACAAUCACAUAUUGAUAUUAUUCACUACAUUCUUUCGCAAUUAAAGUGCUUAAAUAACAAGUCAAAAUAAAAUAUUCUUACCUGUGAGAUCUGAAUAACAUUUUAAGACCUUUCCGAUGCCUUUUCCAUCGUUUCAGAUAGAAAAAUUUGAUAAAUAAAUUGUAAAUAUCAACUGGAAUGCAAGCACAAAAAAAAUUGAAUUUUGAAACGACGCUAUCCCGUGAACCUUCGCGCUCUGAUACGUAUAGGCACCAGGAUCCAGGCGCCCAGACAAAUGCGCGAACUACUGCUGCUUGCAUGUCUGCAUAUUUUCAAUUUUUAUCUAUAAUAAAUUAUCGGAAAGUCAUGAAAAUUCCCUGCAAUUACUCAAUAAAACACGAGAAAAACUCAAACUUUAGAAUGUAAAUUAGAAUGUAUUGUAGUAUGGUAUCAGGGGCGACGGAAUGUAGGUGCAAGAUCUCCUUUCCUGCAGGAGGGGGACAAAUGUAGCAUAUUAAUAUAAAGUAAAACACAAUAUUGUUUCCCAAAUUUACCUUAACAAAUUAAAUAACAAAGAUAAAUAUGAUAGAGGAGAAUUGUUAUGUUUAAGUUUAAUUAAUCUUGAUGACAUCAGUCAUGCACAGACGCAAUUAAUUCCGAGUUGCGAAUUCUCUCCUGAGUAUGCAAAAAUACAGGGACCGCGGAACAGAGGGGCGGGGGGCAUGGCCGCCCAACUUUUUCAAUGGAUAAUAAAAAAUUACCAGAUAAAAUCCAGCCUGCUUGCGUGGAAUAGCUCCCGUGUUACCCUGCCCCGCCCCCCCACACAGGCUCCGGGUCCCUGUUAAUACAGAUAUCUAGUUUACAAUACAAUACAGAUUAUUCUAAAAGCCAUUCCUAUAGUUCCUGUAGUUAAAUUUUAACAAAUUUAAAAUUUUCUUUCUUCAAGAAAAUUUAAGAAAUAAUUUCUUAUGUUAAGAAUUUAUACAAAAGAAGUUAUAUAUGCCUUAAACACCAGAAUUGAAUGCCAUUCCUAUAGUUCCUGUAGUUAAAUUUUAACAAAUUUAAAAUUUUCUUUCUUCAAGAAAAUUUAAGAAAUAAUUUCUUAUGUUAAGAAUUUAAUUUCUUGUUUUAAGAAAGUAUUUCUUAAAACAAGAAAAUCAUAUUUUCUUAGGAAAAUGAUUGAAUAUGAAGAUGAAAAAAUCGUAAGAAAACAUAUUCUUGUUUUAAGAAAACAAAUAUGAUGCAAAAUAUGUUAAGAAUUUUUUUUCUUAUUUCAAGAAAAAAUAUCUUGCCAAUCAAAUAUUUCUUAUUUUAAGAAUCGUUUUUCUUAUUGCGAAAAUCAGUUUCUCAUUUUAAGAAAUAAUUUCUUAAAUUAAGAAUUUUUUUCUUAUAAUAAGAAAAUGAUUUUUUGCUGUGUAUACGAAACAAGAAUGGAACCCCCUGGUAGAAUUUUUUUAGCCUGUUCAUCACUAUCUAAAUUAAACAGAGCGAUGUUUACGAAAAUUUUCAGGAGCACUAGGAUUAAAUUUGGUAACAAAAACACAGGAAUUACGACGAACUUUACAUUUACUAGUACGCGCUUCCUCACGAGUCAUGGCACCAACCACCUCAAAGGCUCCAUUAACAUGUGCCCUGUCAUGGCCGCAAUCCGUAAGAUAUUUCAUAUAAAUCCUACUUUUCUCCCAAAAAUCAGCGUCCCUAGAACAUAUGCGACGCAAUCUUGGGUGCGACGAAUUGGCAUAUAUAUAUAUAUAUAUAUAUAUAUAUGCCAUUUAAUCUAUAAUAUUUUUCUUUUCUUUCAACAGAUUGUUCGUAACAGUUAUAAAUAAAAUUUUAAGAUUGAAAUUUGUUGUUUAUGUCUUUUUAUUUGCUCUACUGAUUUAUUGGUGUUGAGCACUCUAGUUCACUACGCACAAAUUCAAUAUUGAAUAUAUAUAUAUAUAUAUAUAUAUAUAUAUAUAUAUAUAUAUAUAUAUAUAUAUAUAUAUAUAUAUAUAUAUAUAGGUGGAUUAUGCCGGGUGGUAAUCCAUAAUAUUUUUCUUUCUUUCAACAGAUUGUUCGUAACAGUUUAUCACUAGAUUGCAAAUGCCAUGGGUUGACCGGAGCAUGCUCCAUACACACCUGCACUCGCUUUUUGCCACUAGAGUUCAGCCUAAUUGCGAAGAAAAUUUUUGAAUUAUACAAGAAAGCGUUACAAGUUGAACUUAUCUAUGUUGGCGAAGCCAAGAAGGAACUUGUGAUCAAGAAAAAAAAGCAGGGAGAAAAACAGAAAAAACUGAAGUCUAACGACAUGGCAUAUUUAUUAAAGUUAAGGGAUUUUUGUGUCCCUGAGACCAAGAAUAAGCUACCUGGUACAAAGGGACGAGCGUGUGGACAUAAAUUUAUUGGCAAUUUUAAAACAGCACCAUUCGUAAACACAACAGCAAUUAAUGUGUGCGACCAUUUAUGUUGUAAACGAGGAUAUAGUACUACGACGAGAAACACCCCAAGAUUAUGCAGAUGCAAGUUUGAUAUGAAGAUAAUGGAUGUGAAAUGUAAGACUUGUAUUUUGAGAAAAGAAAUAUACUUAUGCAGGUAGCUUGCAUGAGGUUUCUCUUAAUUUAGAGCAAGUUGCGUUGUGUAUACAAUUUUCUCUCCACCCGCACCGUGCACUGAAUUCACGAACACGCUCCAGAAUAUUGGGAUAAUAUAUACUUCGUAAAUGUACUAUACAUUAUUAGAAACAUGUCUUACACUUGUGUAUAUAGGAGGUGGUUUAUAUACGAGUGUGUUUUGGUUCACGAAAUGCUAAAGAGUGUUCGAUAUCAUAUAUAGAUAGGGCAGAUAUGUAAUAGUUUUUUAACUCAAAAGGUUGCCACAACAGCCUGUUUCAUCAAUGAUUCUUCUUGGAUGAAACAGACUGUUGUGCAUGGGAACCUUUCGAGAUCAUCGACUUCAAUCUCCCUCAAUAGCUUUUAAACUUUGUGUUCAUGCACGGAAUAUUCAAUUUGCAUGGGAAGAAACAGAGAUCCUAUGGCGGGAACACGCCCGAGAAUUUCGGACCAAGAAGAUCUAGAAUGGGCAGGUUUAACCUAUAUUGUGAGUAUCUCAAAUUUACAUACAUAUAUAUGUAAUAAAUUUUUCAUUCCCCAAGUGGGAAUCUUAGAAUAGUGUGAAUUAAAUUAACCUAUUUAUUAAAAUGAUGUAUGCUUGAGGACAAAUGUACUUUACAUGUAAUUUCUAUAAUAUUAUAGGUAAUGAAUGUAACUCUGCACGCACCAAUGCACUUUUGUAAAUUUCACAUUCAUGUUACACAACAAAUAUUAAAUAUUAUAGACUGAGACAUAUUACCUAAUUAAGGUUUGAUCUUUCAUCUGAUAUUUAACAAUUAUUGAAUGAGGCUGAGCAGAAUAUGAAGAAUUAUGAUGGAGUAUUCAACCACAGGUUUUGAUAGUUUUUGAUAUCAUGGGAAAUUAAGCCGGAUUCAAUAAUUAUUUUACUAUUUAUUUAAUCCGGUCUGUAGUAUACGCAACUUUGUUGCUCAGUGAUUAGAAACAAAUUUUCUGAAAAGACGGCUUAGUAUAGUCAUCUGAUUGGUCAUUCUGAUACGUCAAACGCAUCUGAUUGGUUAAUGAUCUCUCUAUGGUAGCGGAAGUGGAAUUCAAAUCCGAACGUCUCUAAUAUAAUGUUAGGCACUACAUGUGGCACUAAGCCACUAACAAUUACAUAGAGUUACUUUAUUCGUUAUAGCUGCGAUUUUCCCAUAAAACAUCUUCAUUUGGGGAUUUUAUCUUUCUCCAUAUAAUCUUGCAUGUUAGCCAGGAGACGUGUAUCAUGAGAUACAGUUCCAUCAUGCAAAUUAUAGUAGUAACGUGGUCAUUCACAGUCAGUCUCAAGCUGUGCAAAGUGCUUGCAAGAGCAACGAGUGUGCUCUCAACAUGAACGAAAAUAGAACAAACUCCAUAGUAAAUCAUGAAGAAAUUCGCACGCGUGUGGCCGUUGAGUAUAGCCAAGAAAGCUAUAUGGCAUACAGUGCAAAGAAUAUUGUUAAUAACUUGUCCAAAACACUGAAAUGGAAGAACAAAGGGAGUCACCAGUCCAACGCAAAACAUCCUAGAAUAUCCCAUCAGCCACGUGCUGUAGCCGGGACCAAUUUGAUUUUUUAUAUUAAUAUGAAUACUCCAAGAGCCAUUAAACAGGUACUUGCUGAAUAAAUAGAAGUUCACUGUUCGAGUAACGUUCCAUAGUGGGUAUGAAACUUCCAGGAAAAGGUAUGACAUCAAG